AUGGACCUAGAACCUCUAGACUGGAACACAGGCGAAAACUCCGGCCUCGUCAGCGUCGGCACUCACAACUUAUGGCUGAGCGUAUACGGCCCUGACCGCAAGGAUAGCGAACCGCUGGUCAUCCUUAUCCCCGGCUUAGCAAACAACACCACAAGCUGGGCCGCCGUACGCCGCGGUUUAGCUACCUCCACUCGAGUCUUGCAAUACGAAAGAUCCGGUUACGAGAAAAGUGACAUCUCGCCCGCGAAGCCCACAGCGACGACAAUCGCCACGGAGCUGAAUCUGCUUCUGAAAAUUGCGAGUCUACACCCUCCCUAUGUGGUCGUUGCGCAUUCAUGGGGCGGGAUUUUGAGUCGAGAAUUUCUGGCUUUGCGUCCGAAGGAUGUUGUAGGGAUGGUCUUCAUCGAGGCAAAUCAAGAACGUACGCUCGAGGUCUUGGAUUGGCGACUUUUGGCACAGUCAAGUUUGUUAGCUGGUGUCAACUAUCUCGACGCCACGGGCAUAUCGGAAACCCACAAACUCACGCAUGAAGAAUGGCAUGUCUACCGGGACACUCAAAGUACAGAGAGUCAUCAGAGACAGGCAGCUCUAGAAAUAGCCGAGUAUGCUAACAGCUUUCCAACGCUGAAGGCAAAAUCGCAAUUACAUAGAAAGCCCCCGUUCCUGGGCGACCGUCCAGUCUGUGUGAUUAGGGGCAAUAAUAAAGCGGACUUUGAAAAGCUUCUGAAAGCAGGGUUAGCUCGCGGCAAUGGCGACGGUGCGGAACAGGCUGCUUUUGAGGGGAUGCUCAGUACAUGGGAUGAGAAAGAUGAGUCUUUGCAGUCCGAGAUAUUGUCGCUCUCGUCCUGCACACGCUAUAUUGAGACAAAGAAUAGUGGGCACAAUGUACAAUUAAGUGAGCCGGAUAUCAUUGUCGAAGGUGUUGGAUGGGUUUUGUCCCAAACUAUAGGAUAA